AUGUUCAACUGGGCUGCAGAUGACUUCCCACAGCUGGGAGCUGGCACAGAAGCGCCCCUGCUGGGCUGCUGGGCGAAAACAACACCCCAGGCUUCCGCAGCCCCCGUGAGCGCGGUUGCCGAGGGAUCUUCAAUCGAAGGGCUCGGCGGAGGCAUCCAGAACAGCUGGAAGCCAGCCGGGUCGAAGAAAAAACACCAGAAAGGCUGGUACAGAUCCCCGUGGUAUGGGAAUGAGCCCGGCUCCCGACAGAACAACUGGCGAGACUCUCACAAGAGCUUUCAAGGAUCAACGCCGGGGCCCAACAAAUGGGUGUGGCGCGUGAAAGGUGCCUGA